AUGGUGCUGGGCUUUAACGUUGCUGGAGCUGUGCGAACAACAGCGGUGCGGGAGCGGCCACCGGUCUGCGGUGUAGGGGCUCAGAGCUCGCGCUUUCGCGGUGACACUAUGGUAAGCGUGGCGAGGACUCGCGCGUUUCUCGCGGUGCCGCCUUUGCGCAGUACACGCUUGCCCAAACCAACACGACAGACAUGGCUGCACAUGCAAACGUCGACGAUGCAGAAAGCGCGCUAUGCGGAGAAAGCACCGCGAGGCGUCCACAAAGAAGCUGCCGUCGGUGCUGUCAAGUCGGAGGCGCUUCAGCGCAAAAACAUUCAGCGUCCAGUGAUGGUCGGCGUUGCGGCUGACUCUGGGGCGGGCAAGUCUACCUUCUUGCGCCGUGUGAUGCGCAUGUUCGGCUCCGAUAUACCCAAAGGUCAUACGCCGCAGGGUGAGCUUAUCACGGUUAUCUGCUUGGAUGAUUGGCAUAAUCGCGAUCGCCAGGGCCGCAAAGAGGAUAACAUCACGGCUUUGGAUGAAAACUGCCAGAAUUUUGACCUGAUGGCAGAGCAGCUUGAGGCGCUCAAGAAUGGAUUCGAUAUCAUGAAGCCUAUCUACAACCAUGAGACCGGGCGGAUCGAUCCACCCGAGCUCGUUUCUCCGAACCACAUCGUGGUUGUCGAGGGUCUACACCCCAUGUACGAUGAACGAGUGCGCAAACUGCUGGAUUUCUCGGUAUACCUCGACCUGGAUGAUGAAGUGAAAAUCGCGUGGAAGAUCCAGCGUGAUAUGGCAGAGCGUGGCCACACACUGGAGGCCAUCCUUGCAUCUAUAGAGGCCCGCAAACCCGAUUUUGAACGGUUUAUCUUGCCGCAACGACAGUAUGCGGAUGCCGUCAUCCAAGUGAAGCCAACCGAGCUCAUACCAGAGGACAAAGAACGGAAGAUUCUGAAAGUUCGCCUCUUGCAACGCGAAGGCGUGCAAGGUUUCAAGACCGCCUACCUCUUUGAUGAAGGAUCGACGAUCGAAUGGAUCCCAUGCGGACGACGUCUGACCUGCUCCUACCCUGGCAUCAAGUUCCACUACGGCCCCGAGAGCUUUUACGGUGCAGACUUUUCGACCAUUGAGGUGGACGGCGAGUUUGCCAAGCUCGAGGAGCUCGUCUACAUUGAGUCACAUCUGUCAAACACCGGUACCAAAUACUAUGGUGAGCUCACCCAGCUCAUGCUGGCAGCGCAGAACACGCCCGGAGCCUACAACGGAACAGCAUUAUUCCAGACGAUCAUCGCUUUGAAGAUUCGUGAGAUCUACGAACAAUUAACUGGUCGCAAGGUGGACCCCGUGGUGCGAUCGUGA